AUGACCACAGAAACAAAGGUUAUCAUCGCAGGUGCGGGAAUCGCUGGCCCUAUCCUGGCCACAUUUCUCAAACUCAAGGGAUACAACCCUAUCGUAUACGAACGCGUCGAAGGGCUAGCCCACGUCGGAUUGAGUCUCUGCAUGCAGCCUAAUGGCCUGCGCGUACUGGCGCUCAUUCCGGGGUUUAUGGAGAAGCUCAUCGGCCAAACUGUCGAGAAGAUGCAACAUGUCUCCUUCCUCCAAGACGAGACUGAUGUACUAGUGGACGUCGACGUGUCCCAGCUAUCCCAAUAUGCAGGCUUCCCGAUUAUCGGUGUCCGCCGUUCUGUAUUCAACCAAACCAUCAUUGAGGUCGCGCAGAGCCACGGCGUGGAGAUUAUAUUCGGCCAUCAGCUCGUGGCGCUCAAGCAGGAGGUUGACAGCGUCGAAGUGACGUUCGCGAAUGGUGCCAAGGAUACCGCGAGCUUCGUCAUCGGAUGCGACGGGCUACACAGCAACACGCGUGUCUGUCUCUUCGGAAGCGAGUCUGCUAAAUUUACCGGUCUGACUCAGACGGGCGGGGUAUCACCUACCCCCGAUGUUCUCAAAGCGCAUCCGACCAUGCUCAAUGUCUACGCAGACGGCGCACACAUGGUAGCAUAUCCCGUCAAUGACAGAGAAACGUCUUGGGCCAUCACUCGCCGUGAGGAAGAGGCGAAGGAGUCCUGGCGCUCGAUAGUCGAAGAGAAGCAGAAUCGCUUCAAGGAAGGCCCUUGGUCGCAGUGGCCUUUCGGUGCGGGGGAGCUCGUCAAAUCCGCGCACACUAACAUUAAGUAUGGGCUCUACGACAGACCAGCGCUCGAGUCGUGGCACAGUGGCCGCGUUGCCCUCUUAGGCGACGCCGCGCAUCCUACGAGCCCUCACCUCGGCCAAGGCGCGAACCAAGCCUUCGAGGACAUCUACCACCUCGUGCGCUUACUCACGAAGUACAAUCCAGACGCAGCGCCGCCCUCGACCGAGCUCCUUGGUACCAUCUUCUCCGAGUACGAGCAGCUCCGCAUCGCGCGCACAACAGAACUCGUCCUCGGCGCACGCCGCCAGGGCGAAGGACGCGUCCUGCAGGGCGUGGAGGCGUGCAAGGCGCGGAACGCGGCAAUCAAGGGGCUCUUCGCGGGUGAGGCGUACGCAAGCGGCCGUCUGGACUUCUACGCACAUCCGUUCACUGGCGAGAGCGAGAUAUAG